AUGGGUGGGGUUACCAGCCUAGGGCCCUACACCAUGGGUGGAGUUACCCUCCCAGGGCUCUACAGCAUGGGUGGAGUUACCAGCCCGGGGCUCUACAGCAUGGGUGCAGUUACCCAUCCAGUGCUCUAUAGCACUAGUGGAGUUAGCGGCCCGGGGCCCUAUAGCAUGGGUAGAGUUGCCCGCUCAGGGCCCCACAGCUCGAGUGGAGUAACCUGCCCGGGACCCUACAGCAUGAGUAGAGUAACCUACCCGGGGACCUACAGCAUGGGUGGCGUUACCGGCGCUGGGCCCUACAGCAUGGGUGGAGUUACCCGCCCAGGGCUCUACAGCAUGGGUGGAGUUACUGGCCCGGGGCCCUACAGCAUGGGUGGAGUUACUCGCCAAGGGAUCUAG